CUGAAUGGCCAUCUACCCUUCGCAAGGCUUAAAACCGUCCCGAAAAUUGAGAUACGAAAAGUACCGUUCGGUAUCUCUGGUUCCGGAUGGGGAGAUCGAGUUGCAGGGUUAGGAGCCCGAAGGCCGUGCGGCGGUGGGAAGCCAUAGAAGAUACUGUUCGGAUAAUCUGCCAUCAUUCCCGCUAACUGAAGCUACCGGUGGGAUAAAAAUUCUCUCCUUUGGAGGCCAUUCAGGAGUCUGAGUUGCUAACCUGUUGUCUUCCUCAUCAUCCGUGGCCACUGAUCGGUUAGUCUCCUUCUGGACGCAUGUUUGGUUAAUCUCCCGCUCGGGGCUUUUGAUGCUUCCUUCUGGUCAUGUUCUAUCCUGCCGAUGUUGGUUUUACCGAGCGGCAAUGCCAGCUCUUGAGGGGUGAUUGCUGUUUUCCGUAUCCCGUUCGGCAGAGAGUGUUGCUGUCUUGACCUCCCACCAAGGGGUCAGUAGGUGGUCUGUUUUUUACGGACGUCAAUUGGCCGGAGGCGUGUCCCCGGAGGGCAGUUCGGAAAACUCCUGCUCGGUCAGACGGCUGUGUAGUCAGGCAUGAGUCAGUUUAGUCAACAUGGGGCCCCACCGGUCACUUCGGCAAUUAAUUCAUGUCAGAUUGCAGCUAUCGCGAAAAGACAGCCACUUGUGCUCCCAGCCAGCUCCAUUAGAUCCAACGGACCGUCUUCUUCCUCCUGCUAUGGAAAUCGUGGUCCUGCAGUUGGGUUCUUCAGCCAGCGGUUCCGGAAGCUACCUCCACGGAUGGGUCCUACUGGGUUUCGAAGCUCCCGGUCGGCGCUCGUGCGAGAGGCCUGGGGUCUUGCAGAACAUAGCAUACGAGUUGGUGGCCUUCUGGAAUUUCUCCGAGUGCUGCCAUUAGUUUGAACGGGAAGUCCCGUUCGGGAAGCAGAAGCUUUUUUGGAUAAUCAUGAAUCUGUCGCAUCUUCCACUUGGUGUUGUCAUGGUUCCUGAGAGUUGACAGCUAAUCCUCUUAUCUUUUAUCAAGAUAGUGGGCCGGUGGGUCGCAGUCAUUCUUCUUCCUUCUUCCACCGACGGGAGUUACAUCUGGAUCUGGGAGUUCCCAUAGAAUCUUCCUUCAGUUUCCAAUGUCAGUGGAGGAUUUCACAACUUCCAUCUUUCUUUGGGUGUGGCAGCAGUAAUUUGAACAAACGGAGCUGACUCGGAUCUGUAAUUUCUUCGUUUCUUGCUGGGAAUCAGUCCGUCUUAGUAUCAACAAAUUUGCAGAAACAUGAAUCUUUUUGCCGUGUUUCCCACCGACGGCCCCAUUGUUGAGUUUUAGUCCCGUAGAUCCGAAAGCCCAACAUAACUUCGGAUAUUCAGGAUCAUAGAUUCGGUAUAAAUCUGAAUAUAAAAUAUAAAAGUGUAUAAACUAGCUAUUUUUACGUGGAAACCCGGAAAGGGAGAAAACCACGGGACUUUUUAGGCUAACGUCCAAGCCCGCUCUUUCUCAUUAACAUGCUCUCCUCACUCCAUUACAUAAUACAUAGGCUGAAGCCUCCAUUCAUGGAGCUUCAUUUGCUAGCUACAAAAGAGGAAGAAGAAAACAGUAAGGAGAGGAGGAGAAGUUUCCCAGGAGAGAAGAGCCAAAAAAUUCAUCCUCUCCCUAGGAAGCCCAGCCCCCUAUUUAUAGAAAAGGGGGAGGUUAUCAAUCUAUUCUAAUGGGCCAAUGGGCCUAAAUGGGUAGUCGGGCCGAAGUAUGGGCCGAUGGACCGAAAAUGGGCCAGGUAGGCCUAAAUGGGCCUCGUGGAUCGGGCUCCAUGCUGGGGUGAUGCAUUGAACCUCUGAACAGUAGCAGGCCGGGAUAAUAUUCCCCAAUAGGGUGGAUGUGGCUGAGUUAAUGAAUAAAAUUUAUACCGCCACAUCCAUCAAUCGUAUGAACAAGUUGGAUUUGAAAGUUAAAUACUAUCAUCCGUUCUUUUUUAGUUGCAACAUUCCCUUUUUCACGCUUACCAAUGCACAACUUUGACCAUCAUUAUAUUUAAUUCCCUAUUAGUAAAAUAAUUUUAAAAAUCAAAUUAUGAAACUUUGUAAUGAGACGAAUUCAACAAUCUUUUUCAAAAAAAAUAAUUCACAUACAUUAAUAAAUAAAAUGUAGUCAAAGUAGUGUUCAUGAAUAGUGUGUAAAUUUCAAUGUUGCAACUAAUAUGAUACGGAGGGAGUAUCCCGUUCAUGGUGGGUCAUACAUGUUGAUGUCUCUUGCUGACGACGAAGCCGUUACGAGGAUGUGGACCUUGAUCACGAAUCUUGCUAUGCAUACCAUGGAGAUAUAUGUUGAAGAAGCGACUGUGUUGCCCAUACAACUUGACAACCUGUCAUUAUCUUACCCAUCCACAAGUGUUCCAGUUGUGAUGAAUAUGGUUGCACAGGAGAAUGGAAGAUACGUGAACAGUGAUGCAAUGUUUCUGGAUUUACAGCACAUCGACGAUGAUGCAGAUGAAAAUGUGAAUCAUGACACACUAACAAAUUCAGAUGAAGAUGUUGGUGAUCUCGUAAAUGGCAAUGCUCCAUCCAGCCACUACACUAAAGUUGAUGACCUCCCUGCGGGAUUUGAUGAAUCAUAGAGGGGUUGUACAAUUUCCAGUCGCUUCUCUACAGAUGGUGAAUUCGAGGUUGGACAAGAGUUUGAUGAUAAGAAACAACUGAUUAACAUGGUUAGAGUGUACUCUGUAAAUAGGAAUCAAUUUUUCUCAGUUGUAGAGUCUGACAAACACAAAUGGGUGGCAGAGUGUAAAUGCAAAAAAGAAUGUGGUUGCACUUGGCGGAUCCGGGCUACAAAGAAACAUGUGAGGCUAGAUAUGUUCAAAUAUGUUCGUUAUGCAGGUCCUCAUAUACCUACUUGUCUAGGUAACGUCGAUAACAAUGACCAUGUUGGUAUCACAUCUCAGUUCAUAGCCCGUGAAAUUAUUGAUCUUCUUCGUACUGAUCCAUCACUAAAAGUCCGCACUAUUAGUGAGCUUAUGAAGGAAAAGUACGGGUAUGUACCUUCGUACAAGCGAAUUUGGUUGGCUAUGCAAAAAGCUAUCAGUGAAAUAUUUGGAGAUUGGGAGGCGUCGUAUUCUGCUUUGCCCUAUUUCAUGUUGGCAUUACAGCAUUCCAAUCCAGGGACGGUUGUGCAUUGGUACCCACCUCUUUCAGAUACCAAUGAGUUAUUAAUAUCUUUUAUUGUAUCAUAUUAAAUUCAAUUUUAAAUUUGUCCCACUAAUUUUCUCCGUCUUUCAGGUACCACUAGCUUUGUGCAGUUUCAAAGAGUUUUUUGGGCAUUUAAGCCAUCCAUUAAAGGCUUUAAGCAUUGUCGUCCUUUACUGACCAUUGAUGGAACGCACUUAUAUGUGAAGUAUAAAGGUACGUUGUUGGUGGCAAUGGGUAGUGAUGCUAAUAAUCAACUUUUCCCUUUGGCGUUCGCUAUUUGUGAAUCAGAGAAUGGAGAGAGUUAGUUGUGGUUUAUGGGAUGCAUAUGUCAUUUUAUCACACGCAGAGAAUUGUGUGUUAUUUCAGAUCGACAUGCUGGAAUUCAGAAGGCACUUAAUGUGGUAGGUAGUGGAUGGGAGGAGCCAGAUUCACGACAUUGGCUUUGCAUACGGCAUGUCGCUUCUAAUCUGCAUACUCAAUUUAAAGACGUUCACUUGAAACAUCUGUUCGUUUGGACAGCAAGUCAAUGGCAAAAGAAGAAAUUUGAUGGUGGAUUUAACAGGAUUGGUGAAAUGCAGGCAGGACCACGACAAUAUCUAGCGAACAUUGGUUUGGAGAAGUGGUCUUUACACCACGACGGGGGGUACAGGUAUGGCACCACAACAACGAACAUGGCUGAAGUAUUCAAUAGCGUCAUGAAAAGUGCAUGAUACAUGCCUAUAACCGCCUUAGUUGAGUUAUCAUUCUAUUGUGUGAAUGCCUAUUUUGUGGAAAGAAGAGAAACUAGUAAGAGAAGGUUAGCAGAAGGGCAUCGCUACUGUCAGCAAGUGACUGAACUGAUUGAAAGAAAUACGGAAAAGGCAACGCAUCACAAGGUCACAACAUUUGACAUAGGCCGUGGUUUAUACCAAGUGGAGACGGGUCGUGGUGGUCGAACUGUGGGGAAGGGUGGUACAAAACAAACGGUGAAUUUGCACUUUCGCCAUUGCACAUGUCAGAAGCUGAAUAUUUAUAAGAUUCCUUGCUCACGUAUCUUAGCGGUAUGCAGAGAUCGUAGUUUGUCCUAUGAUGCUUUUGUUGAUACGUUUUUCUCAUCAGCGGAGUACGCGCCUUCUUAUAAAAGAGUAUUCAAGUCCAUACCGGAUAUAGCUUAUAGACCUACUUACAUUGGACCACGGGUUGUGCAUGACCCGUCAAUGAUUCACGCUAAAGGUCUUCCGAAGGCUAAACGGUUGAGAAAUGAAAUGGAUGAAGGUCCUAGAGCUGCUGUAAGAUGCGGUUUAUGCAAGCAAACAGGGCAUAACAUGAUGACAUGUGCUAAAAGAUUGCAGGGACACGUAGGGAGUUCCACUGGGUAAUGUUGUUCUUUUAUUCGCAAAUGCAUUAAUAACAUUAAAAAAUAAAUACAUUUAAAUACAUUUAAUUUUAAUAAAAAAAUAAAAGAAAUAAUACAUAUGUUACUAUUACAGCGCCGAUACAGGUGUCAGUGGAUCCCACACCGAUUGAUCCUUCGGUCCUGACAUUGCAGGCCACGCACCGGAGUGAGGAUGUGUGGCGUGGCCUGGAUGUUCAGGUAGAUAGGUGUCGUGAGCACCUACGCACUAUAUUCCACAUGCAGGUGGAUGAUAGGAUUCUACAUUAUGUUCGAUUAGCCGGGUUUUACGGUGUCCACAGAUUAGUUUCGACUCUGCAUAUAGAUAGAGCAUUACUUACCGCUCUACUUGAGCGUUGGAGACAGGAGACUCACACUUUCCAUUUACCGGUGGGUGAUGUCACUAUCACUUUGGGAGAUGUGGCUGUAUUGGCAGGUCUACCCAUCGAGGGUCGGGCAGUUACUGGGACUGCGUAUAGAGUGUGGGUUGAUUUAGUACACAGAUUGUUGGGAGUACGGCCACACCCUGGGACAGAUAUUCGGGGGUCCGCCUUGAGGAUGGCUUGGUUGAGACAACACUUUACUGAUUUACCUGUUGAUGUUGAUGACGUUGUUGUGCAUCAGUACACCAGAGCCUACAUUUUGAUGCUUAUGGGAGCAUCCACAUUUGUAGACAAAAGCGGUAAUGAGGUGCAUGUCAUGUAUUUACCCAUUCUAGUGUGUAGCACCGCCCCCAAGCAUAUUUACUUUUAGUAAAUUAUGUAAUAAACCUUGAAAGGUGAUUUAUGAAUUUACGUAAUUGUUAAAUUUUAUUAUUUCUUUUACAUGAAUAGUAAAUUGCAUGUGGGUCCACAGCAGGAACCGGGACCGCCCGAUAAUUCCCGAACCACAUAUUAUAUUCAUCUUGGUCUGGAUGACAUCUAUAUGGUGGUGGAUAUUCUAUUUGGGUCAUAAGAAAGGCAUGGAGUUGACCGGUUGGUCAAACGGGGUCCAAUUACCGGUAUUGGUAAUUUAGCAGAUAACAGCCCGAAAUGAGUUUCGGAGACUCCUAAAUUUAUGUUGGGGAAUGUACAUCUAUUCUAAAGGCCCAUAAUUAUUGGGAACGCGUGAUAUAUUUUAUCUGACCCGAUAAAAUAAAAUAUGACUAAAAUAGUCCGAGAAAUACAACUUUCGGAGCCGAUUAUACACACCGGGACUUAAAGGGAUGACCGCCCACAUGAGUGGGGGCCAUCCCACGUCCUUAUGGAUUGAGUGAGAGCAGAAGGGGACAUUCAAACAUGGGAGGUGCGGACUCAUUGAGUGAGGAGAUUUCUCAAGACAAAGAAAUCACUCCCAAGGGCCCAUACACAUGUAUUAUCUUGGGAGUUGAUUGGGGAGAUGUUUCCCCCUUCCAUUUGACAUCAUCCACUCGACCAAGGCAGAGAGAGAAGCUCUACGGAAGUCUCCUCUCAUAGUCCAAGCAGCAAGGAAGAGAAUCCAAAGAGAAGAGGGUUGUUUUUGAGGUAAGAACUCAAUAAACAAUCUUUAACUAGUUUUAUUAUUGUAUGAUUUUUAAGAAAUCAUAUGGUGGAUUAAACCAUGAGUUCUACACGUUUAAAAGUGUAGAAUACUGAUAUAAAGUGGUGUUAAUUAACUUAGAAGAGUUGGUGAAUCGAUAGGAGUCGAAAUCGCCGGAAACCGCCACAUAUAGGGAGCUGUUCAUAGUUGCAGACUACGAAAGCCGCCCGGCUUUGGCCCAGAAAUCCAGCUUUUCACUUUCAAUCGGCCUAGAACGGGGAUUGAUCGAGGGGCGUAACAAAGGCAACUAUUGUAGCACAUCACGAGCGCUUUAUAGCUGGGGUAGUGCGACUUUAGCAUACCUAUAUCGGCAGUUAUGUCGAGGUUGCCAUUGUGACAGUGGAGAGAUGGGUGGUUUUUUAUUGCUCGUACAACUAUGGUCAUGGGACGACAAUCAUAUCGGCAGACCUGUCAUACUGCGAUAUCAUGGAGUAGAUGGCGGUCCUCUUGAUGAUGCUAUGAAUCAGCACGAUGCAUCUGUACUUGGGCCACAUCAUGUCCGUGGCGAGGACCCUUUGGGCCGUAGAUGGCUAUUUGCUCACGUCACACGCACGUCAUCCGCCGCUGGAUUAGGGUACUACCGAGAUGCUUUAGAUCGCAUGUGUGAUGAUCAGGUUUAUCUUGUAUAUCAUUAGAUGUAAGUACUUUGUUUUACGUUUUUAUAAACUAUGAUGUAACACUGUUUUGUUUUAUAGAUGACGUGGAUGUCGUACACUCAUGAGAUAUUUGGAUUGUUGCCUCCUGUUGGCUGAGAGCACACUGAGAUAUGGCGAGCACGUGUACCCUUGAUAUGUUUUGAUGUAGUAGAGCAUCACUUUCUUGACCGCGUACUACGACAGUUCGGGUUGCAGCAGGUUAUUCCUGAACCUUGUGAUACAUCUGUGGACUUACACAAGAUUGACAGACGAGGGAAGCACACUGAAGAUUGAGGGAUGCGUCAUAUUCAGUAUAUCACUAUGUGGGAUGAGAGAGCGACGUAUAUAGUGCACAGUACCCCAUCCUUAGUCCCUACUGUAAUACUCAAAAAGUUUGACAUAGGGUCUUAGUUUAUGUUUCGGGACGAAACACCUUCUAAGGAAGGUAGAUUGUGACACCUAAAAAAAAAGUUAAAUAAAUAAUUUUAUUUGUCAGAUAAAAUAUUAUAAAAGUGACAUAUAUU